AUGCCACUCAUAAUGCAACAAGAUCGGAUCAAGCAGAGUCGGAGCAGUUCCGACUACGAUCGUAGUGAAACUCUUUCGGAGUCUUCGUUCAGCACGAUUCCGACUUGUCAUAGUUCUCGGCCAUCUGUCAGAAGUCGAAGCGGGCAAGGUUUUCCUCCAGGAGGAAACCAAGACAGCAGUCCACGCCAUAUACGCUACGACUAUUCACCCGUCAGGUUCUCUUCGGAUUCUAUUGCGUCCUCAGCCUCUUCUUCAGACGAGUUUAAUGACCAUCUACCCCACUUUGAAGUACCAGAUGGCCGUGCAGAAGCGACGUCUCCAUCAGUAGUGGCUGCGACUCCUCAUGAAUUCGCCGCGUACUUUCCCUCGACCGAAAGGAUGUCAAUCAAACACGAUGAUAGUGAUGAUGGCAAUAUGAAUUUGAGGCUUGAAACGAAAGCAUCGACUCGGACGGGUGACGAAGUUGAUCUGACACUAUUCCACCUACGAAUGUAUGAUCUUCGAGACCGGGAAUUUUCGCUUCGCCGGUACUGCCGAGACUCUGGGAAAGAAGUCUGCCAUUCAACCAGGAAGUACGUAAAGCCCUCGGUGAUUACCAGACCUGGUCUGCAACGGUCAAUGAGCAGCGCUUUAUCCUCUUUGCGUCCUAAGAGCGACAGCAAAUCGAUUAAAGUUGAGACUCUGAGGAGACAAGACUCUGGCUACGACUCAAUGUCUGAGGAUGACGACGAUGAUGAGGAGAUGACCUCGCCCUCGCAGCAGCCUAAGUCGGACUGUUUCACCCGUCCGUCGAACACGAUAAAAAUCGAAUUCUCCAACUAUGCACACUUGGAGGUGCGGAGGACAGGGGCGAAAUCGAACAAGAGGUACGAAUUUGAGUAUUGGGGUACAAAGUACGCGUGGAGACGUGCUGCUAUGCGCCGUGGAAACUUUAGCGGGAUUUCGUAUCAUCUCGAUGAUGUCAAUAGAAGUAAAUCAAUUGCUCACAUUGUACCCGUACCUCUCAGCACAUCGGAGGCUCGCGACGAAGCAGCAAAGGGCGGUGACGACGACGUCGUAGAGAGACCUUCAGACGUAGCUGAGUAUGGGUAA